GAUGGUACAUUACUUUCUAGCAAUAGCAUCUCAAAUUGGUUUGCUUGUCUUUUUGGUAGUGCGUUGUGAGCAUUAAUCGCUACUCGCCUCUUAUAUUUUUUGAAUUAGGUUUUUGAUAAUACAUAUUAUAAGCCAGGAAAUUUGGCGAAACUUUACUAAAAGGAAUUGGGAGAAAAUUUUGAGGGAGAAAAUUUUGAGUGUAUCUUCGUUGAUUUCUAAUGAUAAAUUCUAAAUGUAUCGGAGAUGUAAUUGCAUAAAAAUUGUUUGAAAUUGUAUUCAAAACAAAUUUUGAAUUUUUUUUAAGUGCUUGGAAACAAAUUAGAAAACAAUUAGAAAAAACAAAAACAGUAUUUACUGUUUCUAACUGAAUACUGGGCUGACCAGAGGAGUAGUAAUUAUGAUGGAAUUUUUUGAGCCACUAAAUUGAGCUGUAUUGAAAUUAGAACUGUAAGAUUGGGGUAUGGGGAAGUUUGGUAUCUUACCUCUACUGUAAACUCCAAAAGAAAAAGCUGAAAUCGUCAAAUUCUAGCUACUUCCUCAUUGGAUAUGACUUUAUAUGGAGGCUAAUUGCAGCCGUUUGGCUCCCUGGGCUGCACCAUGGCUUCAGGUGGCAGUGAUGGAGAACCUUUUCGAACAAACCCAAACAAAACACACAAUCACUGUAAAAGCACAUCACAGCAUGUAACUGCAUUAGACGUUGUAGAAGAGACCGAAGAUGUCUUCAGGAGUUAUGUGUUCUUCCGGUACCAGUCGGAGAGAGAGGAACGAGGGGAACUUCCAGAUGAUCCAGAGAUAACUGAGAUGCAUCAGCCUGCUGAUAGUACUCCAGCUCUUGUAGGCCGGCAACUUGCUGUUAUUGGAGAUGACAUCAAUCGAAGAUAUGACCUGGAGUUCCAGAAUUUGUUGUCAAGACUGCCACUCAAUGCGCAAAAUGCGUAUGAUUACUUCCGCAAAAUAGCUGAUGGGCUUUUUGAAAGUGGUAUAAAUUGGGGCCGUGUGAUUGCUUUAUUGGGCUUUGGAUAUCGCAUGGCAAUUUAUGUCUUCCAGAAUGGUAUGAAGGGAUUCCUCAGUCAAAUUGCAAAAUUCAUUGCAGAGUUCCUUUUGAAAAAUAGUAUUGCACAAUGGAUUGCAAUGCAAGGAGGAUGGGUGGCAGCUUUAGAGUUAGAUAAUAUUUAUGUCAAGUGGAUGCUUGGGAUUCUUGCUGUGGUUCUGCUUGGUGUAUUCGUGGUCCACAAGUUUUACAAAUCUUAAUACAUGGAUCUUUGCUGGAGCAGGCCUCUAGCCUUGGACUGGAGAAAAUUCUUUUUAGAUACAGUUCACUGCUACAAAAUUGUGAAGACUUACCGCUGAUUACGUAUGGGAGAUGUUUAACCAGAAAUUCCCAGCUGUCAUUUAUUAGGUUGCCAAUUCCAACAAUAAUCAUUUUAUUUUUUUUAAAUGAAGUUGUAUUGAUUCUCAGCUGGACCACUUUCAUGUAGCCCAUUUUCUAAAAUGUGAACUCAGUUACAGUUCUCCAUGUUGUAUGCACAGAACCAUCUUUAAUGCUGUACUGGCAAAAUUGAAAGCAAAUGGUUUCCAUCUAUUUGUGCAUCUUGUUCCUGCAGGAACAGCAUUUGUAUGCUGAGUUAUUGAGCCUUGGAGAAUUUGGUAUGUUUAACAAAAAUUAAGGGUAUCUUUUGUAUCUAGGGAGUUUUAUUUUUAGUAAAACAAAUUCUUUGCUUUAAAACCUCUACCUCCUUUAGGUCUUAAAGUUUUAGAGGAUACCAUGAAAAAGUUCUUUGUAAUUGUUAUAAAAUGGCUUGGCAAGCAGUUGUGGCAAAGCUGAGUGUAUGUUCAUCAUGGGAAUUGUGGUUAUAAAUGCCUGAAGCUUCAGUGUCUUGAGUCUUUGUUUAUAAUGAGUGAAUUGUCUAUAAUCUAGUUUGUGGGGUAUUUUGGGAGUGAUAGCAGUCUGAAUUUGGAUACCAAUCAAUUAAGCUGCUAAACCCAAUAGGUAUCUUGAAGUAUCCUAAGGAUUUUCUAUGUAAAUUUGGCCUCAAGAUUGAUUUAAAAAGAGUUAUUUUAAAAGAACUGUUUAAAUUCACUGUCCUUGUGUUUGAUGCAAUGUAACAAUACAAAAGGAGAAAGCAUUUGGGUUAUCUUCAUUCACUAGUUUGCUUCUCAUUGCUACUGAUUAACUCCUAGCCUCCUUCCACAUUAACUUCAGGACAUAUCAGCAUAAAGAGGAAAGUUUUGGGGGAAACUGUAUAGUAUUAUUGAGAUUGAAAUGGGGACAAUUUGUGCAUGUACUCAAUGUCGGUGAAAUUAUCUGUUAGUGAACAGAAGAUCAGAAGCUAAUGCCAUUAAUGGGGGAUGAGACCUGGGGUGAGUGGGGAGAAGGGUGGUCAUUUUAGGGCAGGAAGCAGGAGAGGGCUAACGUUAUAAUGGGAAAAGAUCCCAUUUUAAACUUGAGGCUAAAAGAAUAAAGGAGAAAAUGAGUUGUAUGACUAGUUGGGUGUAUUUGAUUCCAAUGCAAGCAGAGGGGUGAGAAAAAUCUAUUUUAUAACUUCAGUGGCAGAUGCAGUUAUCAAAUGUACAUCCUCACCUCGGGUGCUGCAAUAAAGGACCUCGCUCAUAUUGUCCUGACUGGAAGAAGUCGGUCAGAAAAAUGUUGAACGAGAACUGAAAUUGAUACUUUGGCACUUUUUUUGGUUUUGUGUUCACUUUCAAAAUGGGGCUGGUUUGCCUCUGGUGCAAUGGCUGAUGGAUGUUUGGUGCUGAUUUUUGCUGUUGAAAUUUGCUUACUAAGCUUAGAAUUUGGCAAAAAUUUUAAAGUAGUGUUUUCUGCAGAUUUGGAAUGACUACCUGAGAGGGCAUAUUUCCUUUCUCAAGCACUAUUGUUCAAUCAUUUGAAACAACCCCUUGACUGAAAAUUGACUGCCUUUUUCCUUCAGUGAUUUUAAUUCUGAAAACAAUGUCAAUCUUGCAGUUGAGGUGGUAAAGAUGAGUAGCAUGUAGCACUACUUUAAUGUACAGGGCCACUGGAUCCAUGUCUCAGUUUUGUGCUCCCAAACUGAACAGUCAUGGAAAGGAUAUCUGACAGCUGUGAUCCAAACUGACGGACUUGAGCUGCUUGCAUUGCUGUUGCCCAUGAUCCUUUGGUUGGAGGCUGAUGACCUGCUUCAUUGAGGUCUGUCGGAGGAAAUGUAUAAGCAUAUGACACUUUAUGUAACCUUUUGCCCAGACUUCAUACACUUUCAAUUGUGAAUUGAGUGGCCUGAGACUUGGAUAUGGAAGAAUUUGCUGCAGUCACUGAAUGUUCUCAACUGUUCUUGCCCAGGGAAUUUUUGUUAAAAACUGCUUUCCUCAUGAUCAAUAAGUGAUGUGCUGUUUUUAGUAGUCACACGAUUUGUUGUUGAAAGCAGUUUUGUGAUGUUUAGUUUCAUAUUUUACAGUUGGCAGGCAGUAGCCUCUUGACUUCACCUGUUGGGAGUGGGAAGGAGUCUAACCAAAUAGUUUGUAUCCUUUGUGCUGGCUAAAUAAGUAGAGUUAUUUCCUGGUAUGUAAAGGAACCGUACAGACCAAAAAGUCUCUGGUUCUAGCCUGUGCUGAAUUGGCCUUUGGGUAAAAUGCUUGUACAUGAUAAAUUUGUAAACAUUUUAACCUAAAAUAUGAAAUAUCUUUGAACUUCAAUGAGUAUCGGUCUCCAACUUUUAUAGUUGUCAACUAUUGAGCUUGGAACUCUUCGGUGAAUGCUCAUUAAAAUAUUAACUGAGCAAAAUUGUUAAUUUAAAGAAAUCUCAGGGAGUGAGUCCUUGACAGUAAAAAGAAUUGAAGCCCAAUUGGGCAUGCUGUGAGAGUUUAAUGAAAGUAUAACACAAAAGGAAUUUGUGAUAGGUACUUAUUUGACUUGUGCAUUAGAUGGGGUGGCAUGGUGAUGGUGAAACAACAUCAGGUUUGUGCUCUGCAUGUGAUAAAUUCUCAGCCUUCUACCAGAGCAAUCACAUCGCCUGCAAGCUUGGUUGGCUGUGGGUGACUGCUAUAUGCAAGAUCAGCUUUGGCAAUAAGCAGUGGUGCACAAAACCGAUCAAAUCUUAUUUGAGAAUCUUGGUGGAACACCCAAACAUCACUGAAACCAAACUCAGUUUAUAUAGAACAUUGUACUAUACUUUUAUUGUCUUUCACAGAUUCUAUUCUUGUCACUAGUAAGAAUUUCCUAUUUCUAUUUAAUGUGAAUGUGUGUUUUAAAAUGAUCAGAAAACUGUUCAAGUCAAAGUUCAUGUGCGGUGAGCCAUAAGUUUUUGUGGUGGGACUAUCUAACGUUUUAGAAGAUAAGAUUGACAUAGCACUAAACUGCAGUCUAACUUUUUAGAAACUGGUUUCUCCAAUUGCUUUCAUAUGCUAGAUUUGAAUUUUUGCCUUGUGUUUAGCAAAGGCCAAAUUAAAUAAGCCAUAUUCCACCAUCAAAAACAAUGCAAAUCCCAAAGUAAAUUGUAAUUGCAUUUGACCAUUUAGUACAUAGACUUGCUAUGUGGAGUCAUUCAAAUUUUUAAAAAGUGGUUAUAGAAUCUAAUGUGGUGUUAAAUCAUGUUGAUUUUUUCAGGGAACUUAAUUUUUUUUUUAAUUUCAUCAGUUUUAGUAGACCAGAAUUAGAUCCUGGUUAUACUUUGACAAAAGUAACAGCAUUGACUUUUCCAGGAUCUUCAUGUUUUUUUCAAUCCGCUAUUCUGUUAUUUUUGAAAUCCCUUUCCUUAUUCUUUACUGGAGACCUUAAAUUUGGCAGUAAAAAUUCCAUUUGUGUGAGUUCUCUUCUGUGACCUCUUCACCCCAGUAAUAAGUAUGCACUGGAAAUUUGCUUUUAGUCCUCAGCAGAUAAGACUCUUGUCAACUUCUGUAGACAAACAACAUGUAAAAGGUCCAUCCAUGUAUUCUUUCAAUUUUUUUGCACAUUUCAAAAGUGUAGUGUAAAUUUUUUUCAAAAUGCUUAGAAUUUUUCCAGGUUUAUGCUUGUGCAGCAUAAAUUCUACUUGUAGACCACUGGAGAAAUAGAGUGCAAUCCUAUCCUCCAUUUGAAAAUAAAGGGAUAUGUAUCAGAUUUCAGCUGUGAUCUUGUGGGCAACUAAGAUUGAAGUGGCCACUUAUUGAAAAUGAAGCUGCUGCAUUUUGGCUUUUAAUGUUUUUUUGCGUAAGACUCUAAUUGUAGUCAAUUUCUUUCCAAUGAUUAUUGCAGAUUAUUACAACUUCACACAGUCACUAUUUGCCUGUUGAUCCUGAGGCCUAAUUAUUAUGAUGACAUCAUGGAUCACAGUGGCAAUCAUGUCCUUAUGUUCUGCAGGAAUGCAUAGUUGGGUCACAGGGAACAUUAGUCAACUUGGUGAAUAUAUCUGCCUUUAACUUAUUUUGCCAAUGUGCAACUGCUAUCAUGGUGUGUCACAUAACAAUACAUUGUUUAUAGCACUGUUGAAGUAUUAUAUGGAUGCGGAAGUAUUUUUCAGUUUUUAUUUUGCAUUUGCUCUCAUGAGAACAAAUGUGUCCUGAUUGUAUGUCAUUCUUUCUCCCAUUGGGUAACAUUUGGGUAACAUCCAACAUUUGGGUAAUUAAUAUGUAAAUUUAAAGAAUGCACGUGAUGCUGUACACUUAACUGGAUGUUCAAUCAAAUGGAGUUGAAAUAAAACUUGUAUCAGCUGUGCUGCUCUGUUUACUGUUUAGAGAAUGAGAUGUAAGUGAGUUGUGUUUGUACAGUAAAAUAAAGCCAUGCCUUUGCAAAGAUCCUGU